AUGGUGAUGAUCGUCCUCACUGCGGCCUGCUGGAUCGUGGCUCCCGUGCUCUUCCGGCCGCCCACCGGGGGCGUCUGGCCCCAGUUCGCCGAGCUCGGCCACUUCAUCCUGAGCGCCCCUGCUUCCUCGGGCCGCCUGCUCCCCGGGAAGGCGACGACUCUGUACGAGCUCGCCCUGGACCUGGAGCUGAAGCAGGCCCACCGCGGCCCGGGCACGCAGCUCCUGGGAGCGCUGGCGCUCUCGCUGCUCUACGUGCUCAUGUGCGUGGCCACCGUCUGGGAGCAGAUGCCCGCUCCGCUCUUCGCGUGGGCCAUCACCUUCUGCGUCAAGGCCGUGUGGCGCCUCAGCGGCAUGAAGCAGGCAGGCCUGGUCAACAUCGUGUUCCACCUGCUGUUGCCGGUGGUCUUGUUCUUCUCUGGGUCCCUGGUCGAGAACUUUGGCUUCAGCUCCUUGCUGCUGUCCAUGAUCAUCUUCACGCACAUUAUGCACACCGUCAAGGUCUUCUGGUGGUUCGUGGCGCGCCUGGUGCUGCCGAAGGGCUCCCCGCUCGGCUACGACCGCGUCGUGCACCUCCUCUACGACUUCGGCCUCGGCUACCAGCUCCAGGUCUACGCCGCCGUCGUCGUGCUGGCCGUGCAGGCACUCUGCGAGCUGCUGCUGUGCCUGCUCGACCUGCCAUACCUGCGCCUGCGCACCUGGGCGCUGCUCAACCGCCGCGUCUCCGAGGGCUGCGUCGCCCGGAUGUACGGCAGCGCCCCCACCCCCGCGGGCGGAGCUGGAGACACUGCAGAGGCUGCGCCCAUUGCCAUCUGA